CGCCCGACGCGCUAUAUGUUGCCACCACGGGCCUCGCGAUAAACCCUAGCUCCAUUCGCCCCGACCCCGAAAGCCCUAGCCCCGAGCUCCGCAGCCGCGGCCGCCGCCUCUCCUCCUCCCUCGAGAGCAGCCUCAUUCCGACCAACCCACCAAGGGAAAAUGAGCCAGGAGACGGUGAACCCCAAGGCGUACCCGCUGGCGGACGCGCAGCUGACGAUGACCAUCCUCGACCUCAUCCAGCAGGCUGCCAAUUACAAGCAGCUCAAGAAGGGAGCCAACGAAGCGACCAAGACCCUUAACAGGGGAAUAUCGGAGUUUGUGGUGAUGGCAGCUGAUACGGAGCCGCUGGAGAUCCUCCUCCACCUCCCCUUGCUUGCUGAGGACAAGAAUGUGCCAUAUGUUUUUGUUCCUUCAAAGCAAGCCCUUGGUCGUGCUUGUGGAGUGACCAGGCCUGUCAUUGCUUGUUCAGUGACCAGCAACGAGGGCAGCCAGCUGAAACAGCCGAUACAGAAUCUCAAGGAUGCUAUCGAGAAGCUGCUCAUAUGAUCUAUCAAGACCUUUCAGUGUGAUGGGCCUCAGUGCGACACGGUUUUUCAGAGGCUUGGACUGGUGAUAGUGUCUUGUCGACUAGGUCUUUGUGCUUUUCCAGCUAUGUUUGCAAGACUGUUAUGGUAAUCAUACUGCCAUUUUGUGGUCAUCUUAUAUUUGUGACUUGUGUAAUUCAUAAGACACAUGUAUCGUGGCGGUUCAAUUUUCUCCCAAACUCCAACAAUGUUGUAAUGGCUAAUGAUUUAUGGGUUUGGAAUUGGGAGUUUGCUGCGUGUGUGCAAUUGUUAUC